CCUCGUCUCGACCCGGUGGUUGACUGCAGACCACGCUGUGAGCCACGGAGACACCGUAGAACUAGACCAACUUCCGGGACUCGUCCUGACGGCUGCGACUCUUCUCAGACUCUCACGGGAACGAGUGACUACUGUUAAUUCUAUUUAAAAUGGGUGUAAAGAAGAAGAAAGAAACUCAAGUUACUUCAUUGACCGUUUGUCAUCAGGACCUUGAAACUUUGAGAUCUUUGGCUGAUGUAGAAGGGAAGAAUCUAGCUUCUUUGCUGUUACAUUGUGUACAACUCACUGAUGGAGUGUCACAGAUCCAUUAUGUUAAACAGAUUGUGCCCUUACUGGAGAAGGCAAACAGAAAUGGCAAGUGUGAUCCCACUAUUCGAAGUUGUUUGGAUAUUUUAGCAGGCAUUUAUCUUUCUUUGAAACUAAAGAAUCCCUUGAAGAAAGUCUUGGCAAGCUCACUAAAUGACCUACCUGAAUUUUUUCUAACUGAGGCGACACAGAGUUUUACUUCUCGUCUUCAGGAAGAAUUGAAUACUACUACUGAUCUAUACUCUUAUAGGAAAGUUAUUGACAAUAUAUCUUCCUGUAUGGAGAACUUUGACUUGGGUAGAUCAAGUGUUAAUAAUCUUCUUGAAAAUGUGCUUCAUUAUCUACAGAAGAGUUUAAUUGAAAUCUCAGAAGAAAACAGAAAAUUGGCUGGAAAUCAUAUUAUUCAAACUCAGUUGAUGAAUGACUUGUUGGUAGGCAUUAGAGUUUCAGUGAUGUUGAUACAGAAAGUACAAGGUUUCCAGAGACUUCAUUUGAAGAGUUCUCCUACAUGGCAAAGUAUGUGUGGAUUGCUGAGUAUUUUUACCAAGUUUUUAAGCGAUGAUGACCUCUUACAGACAAUUCAGAGUACAUCUGGAUUAGCUGUUAUUCUUUUUAUUAAGACUAUGUUUCAUCCACCUGGAAAGAUUCCUGAUUUGAUUAGUAGUUUGCUUCUCCGUUCAGUGGACCACACCAGCAUCCCCGAGUGGCUUUUGAACUGCUGCAGGAGGCUUUGUUGUACUGAUGUCUCCCAGUCAGCUCUCUUGUUCCUGUGUCAGGGGACACUCACCAUGUUGGAUUGGCAGGAUGGGAGGAUGGGCCCCAGUGGGGAGGCCCUGCUCUUGGAUACUGUGCGUGUUCUGUUCACCUUGAGUUCACAGAUCAAGGAGUCAACUCUGGAAAUGUUUCUGUCUAGAAUUUUGGCAUCUUGGACUAAUUCAGCUAUACAAGUCCUUGAAUCAAGUUCCCCAAACCUAAAGGACCGUCUGAAUGGGAAUUCAGAUGUGGUUAGGAGACUUUUGGAAUAUGUCUAUACCCACUGGGAACAUCCAUUGGAUGCUUUGAGACACCAAACCAAAAUCAUAUUCAGAAAUAUUCUCCAAAUGCACCAGCUUACCCUGGAAGAGUCAGGUUCAGAUUUGGCUGCUGAUGGUUUCAUUUUUCAACUGACUGAGAGUCUUCUGCGAUUGGAAUGGCAUAGUAAAGGAAAGUACACAUGCCUUGGUUGUUUAGUAGAUUACAUAGGAAUUGAACAUAUUUUGGCAUUAGCUAAAACUAUUCCAUCGCAAAUCUUAGAGAUGAUGGGGGACCAGUCCUUGGUGCCUUAUGCAAGUGACCUCUUGGAAACCAUGUUUAAAAAUCAUAAGAGUUGUUUGAAAUCCCAGGCUGUUGAUAGCACUUGGAUUGACAAGUGGCAUGAGACUUGGGUUUCUCCUCUCCUGUUUAUACUGUGUGAAGGAAAUCUGGAUCAAAAAUCUUACGUGAUUGAUUAUUACUUGCCAAAAUUAUUGAAUUGCAACCCUGAAAGCUUAAGCUACAUGGUAAAGAUUCUUCAGACUUCUGCUGAUGCUAAAACUGGGUCUUAUGACAGCAGAGGGGCUCUGGGCGCUUUGAUGGCUUGUCUACGAACAGCUAGAGCUCAUGGACAUCUUCAAUCUGCAACUGAUGCCUGGAGGGACCUUGUGUCCAGUGCAAGAAUAAAGCAAGGCUUAAUUCAUCAGCACUGCCAAGUACGGAUCGAUACAUUAGGCUUGCUUUGUGAAAGUAAUCGAAGCACAGAAAUUGUUUCCACAGAAGAAAUGGAGUGCAUUCAGUUCUUUAUCACAUACAAUCUUAACAGUCAGUCUCCAGGAGUGCGGCAACAGAUUUGUUCUCUUCUUAAAAAGUUGUUUUGUAGGAUACAGGAAAGUUCUCAGGUACUUUAUAAACUGGAACAAAGUAAAUCCAAACAUGAACCAGAGAGUGAGUUAACCAGACAGCACCCUUCUGUAUCUUUACAGCAAUAUAAGAAUUUCAUGUCAUCCAUUUGCAACAGUCUUUUUGAAGCAUUGUUUCCUGGCUCUUCCUACCCAACUAGAUUUUCAGCUUUAACCAUUUUAGGCUCAAUAGCUGAAGUUUUUCCUGUGCCAGAAGGUAGAGUCCAAACAGUAUAUCAGCUGAGUCAUGAUAUUGAUGUUGGUCGUUUCCAAACGCUAAUGGAAUGUUUAACUGGCACUUUUGAAGAAGUGAAAAUUUUAGCAUUUGAUCUUCUAAUGAAGUUACCAAAAACAUUUGUACAAUUUCAGGAUUCAGAGAAACUACAAGGCUUAUUCCAGGCAGCACUGGAGCUCAGCACAAGCACCAAACCAUAUGACUGUGUAACAGCUUCCUACCUACUGAACUUCUUAAUCUGGCAGAACGCUCUGCCGUCAUCUCUGUCUGCUUACUUAAAAACUCAGCGGGUUGCAUGUGGAGAUGGAGAUAAGUCUGCUGCCCUGGUGGAAAGUAAUACAUUAAUAGUUAUCAAAUGCUUGUUGGAAAAUCUUGAGGAAGAAGUAUCUCGGGCUGAAAAUUCUCUGCUUCAGGCAGCAGCAUCGUUUCCAAUGUACGGGCGGGUCCACUGUAUAACAGGAGCUUUGCGGAAGCUAGCUCUAAACAGCCUGCAGUUGGUGAGUGAGUGGAGACCCGUGGUGGAGAAGCUCCUUGUGACGUCCUACAGGCUUUCUGCAGUGGUGUCUCCCGUUAUUCAGAGCUCCUCCCCAGAAGGCCUCAUCCCCAUGGACACUGAUGCAGAGUCAGCAAGCCGCUUGCAGACGAUUCUGAAUGAGAUUCAGCCCCGAGAUACUAAUGAUUAUUUCAAUCAAGCUAAAAUUUUGAAAGAAUGUGAUAGCUUUGAUUUGGAGGACUUGAGUGCCAGUGUACCGAAUAUUGAUACUUCUGCAGAAAUCAAAGGUAAAGAAGGAAAAACAUGUGACGUAACUGCUCAGAUGGUGCUGGUAUGUUGUUGGAGAAGCAUGAAGGAAGUCGCUUUACUCUUAGGCUCACUGUGCCAGCUUCUACCCAUGCGGUCUGUGCCAGAAUCUCCUGAUGGAUUAUUGACAGUGGAACAGGUAAAAGAAAUAGGAGAUUACUUUAAACAGUACCUUUUACAGUCCAGGCACAGAGGAGCAUUUGAACUGGCUUACACUGGCUUUGUGAAACUCACCGAAAUCCUCAACAGGUGCCCUAAUUUGAGUCUGCAGAAGCUACCGGAAGAGUGGUUAUGGAAUGUUUUAGAGGAAAUUAGAUGCAGUGAUCCUUCAUCUAAACUCUGUGCUACAAGACGCAGUGCUGGAAUUCCUUUCUACAUACAGGCACUGUUGGCAUCUGAACCUAAGAAAGGCAAAAUGGAUUUGUUGAAAAUAACAAUGAAAGAGUUAAUCUCUUUGGCUGGACCUACAGAUGACUCACAGAGCACAGUCCCUAAGGUUCAUGCUUUAAAUAUCCUUAGAGCCUUGUUCAGAGAUACACGUCUGGGAGAAAUUAUUAUCCCUUACGUUGCUGAUGGAGCUAAGGCUGCAAUUCUGGGCUUUACAUCACCAGUCUGGGCAGUGAGAAAUUCAUCCACACUUCUCUUUAGUACGUUGAUCACAAGAAUAUUUGGAGUUAAAAGGGGAAAGGAUGAACUUUCCAAAAAAAAUAGAAUGACAGGGAGUGAAUUUUUCUCUCGUUUCCCCGAACUCUAUCCCUUUCUUCUCAAACAGUUGGAAACUGUAGCCAAUACCGUGGACAGUGAUACAGGAGAACGAAACCAUCAUCCCAGCAUGUUUCUCUUACUUUUGGUGUUGGGGAGGCUCUACCCUUCCCCGAUGGAUGGCACCUGUUCUGCUCUCAGCAUGGCACCUUUUAUUCCCUUCAUUAUGAGAUGUGGUUGCUCACCUGUCUACCGCUCCCGUGAAAUGGCAGCUCGUGCCUUGGUCCCAUUUGUUAUGAUGGACGAAAUCCCUGAUACCAUCCGAACUCUGUUGGCCAAACUCCCCGACUGCACUGACCAGUGUUUCCGGCAAAAUCAUAUUCAUGGGACACUUCUCCAGGUUUUUCAUUUGUUACAAGCCUUCUCAGACUCCAAAUACAGAAUGAAUACAUACUUUCAGCAGGAGCUGGCUGACGUCGCUGUUUGUACUAAAGCCAAAGUCUGGCUGGCCAAGAGGCAAAAUCCAUGUUUGGUGACCAGAGCUGUGUAUAUUGAUAUUCUCUUCCUAUUGACUUGCUGUCUUGACAAACCCUCAAAAGACAACCGGCCAGUUCUGGAGCAUCUUGGCUUGUGGGAGGAAGUCAGAAGGAUCAUCUUGGGAUCAGAGUUGAUAACCGGAUUCCCCUAUACCUUCACGGUGCCAGGCCUGCCCCAGUACCUCCAGAGCCUCACCAAACUGGCCAUCGCUGCAGUGUGGGCAGUAGCGGCCCAGGCUGGAGAGCAGGCAAGGGACGUUCCCAUCUCCUUCUCUCAGCUGUUAGAGUCUUCCUUCCCUGAAGUGCGCCUGCUGACGCUGGAAGCCCUGUUGGAAAGGUUCUCAGCAGCAGCCUCAGGACUAGGAGAGAAGGGACUGCCGCCCUUGCUAUGGAAUACCGGAGGGACAUUCUUGAUGUUGGCUGUAAAGGAAAAUCACCCAGAAUGCCUCUGCAAGAUACUGAAAAUUCUCCAUUGCAUGGACCCCAGUGAGUGGCUUCCUCAGACAGAGCGCUGUGUCCAUCUAACCCCAAAGGAGUUCUUGAUCUGGACAAUGGAUAUUGCUUCCAGUGAAAGGUCUGAAAUACAAAGUGAAGCUCUGAGACUCGCCUCCAAAGUGAUUGCCCACCACAUGCAGACGUGUGAGGAGACCAGGGACUUGGUGGCCCCCAACCUGAAGCAGUGGGUUCAGUUGGUCCUCUCUUCUUGUGGAGAUCAUCUUCCCACCGAGUGCAGGCUGGCCGCUGCUGAAGUUCUCACCAGCACUGCACCAUUUUUCCUCACCAACCCCCAUCCCAUUCUUGGCCUGCAAGAUACGCUUGCUCUCUGGAAACGUGUCCUCACCCUCCUGCAGAGUGAGGAGCAAGUAAUCCGAGAUGCAGCCACAGAAACCGUGAUGACUGCCAUGUCACAGGAGAACACUUGCCAGUCAACAGAAGGACACACGGAGCACCGAGCAAGCGCUCAGUAAUCAUUUGGUGGAACGUAACACUCUCUAGACUUCCAUAGGACCCUCUCACCAAAGAUGGGAAAGAUCAUUUCAUGGUGGAAUUCAUAAGUGGACUUCUUCCCUCCUAAUCUUUAGAGUUUUUAAACUACUCUACUUUAGAGUAGCCCUACUACUUUUAUUUCUUUCAGAAUUUUUCCCAGUUCAUCUAUAGUAAAACUAUAUUACCAUGUUCUCCCUCCUUCUGGUUUGAAUUUUUUCUCAAGAAAUAGAAAUCAGUAAUUAUAUUUUGAGUGCCUUUUGUGUGUGAAAUUCCAUGUGUGAAAGCCUCUGAGGGAGUAAGUAAUGUAAAAGCCUACUUGUCUAUCUUUGUAUUCCCUAUCUUGGUCCAUAAAAGAGAAUCUGAGGUGUGAAAAGACAAGAAUUCUGUAACAGCUAAACGUAAUAUGUUA